CAGGCGACCGCAUACUAUAUUAAGCACGUUCGUCGCUCCCAACCAUUCCGGCUUGAGUUUGAAAGAACCCUCUCCUAUAGCGAACAAUCUUGAAUACCCCUUCGAAGAUAACAUACCAAAAAUGGCCCGCAUAUUCAUCACCGGAUCAAGCGACGGCAUCGGCCAAGCCGCCGCCAAACGCCUCGUUGAGCAAGGCCACUCUGUCGUUCUACACGCGCGAAACGCCGACCGCGCCGCAUCCACGCAACAGGCCGUUCCCAACGCCGAAGCCGUGCUCGUCGGCGAUCUACGCUCCAUCGCCGAGACGAAGAAGCUCGCCGAACAAGCCAACGCCUUGAACAGCCAGCCCUUCGACACGAUUAUCCACAACGCGGGCAUCGGGUUCGGCGGGACCUCGAGUCGCGAGAUCACUGCCGACAAGAUAUCCGCCGUCUUCGCAGUCAAUACUCUUGCGCCGUACAUCUUGACAUGCGCGAUGAAGCGACCAACUUCGCGGCUGCUGUAUAUGAGUUCAGACAGCCACUAUGGUGGCGACAAUAGCCUGCGGAACGUGACGCAGUCGCAUUCGUACGGAGAUAGUAAAUUGCACGAUAUGAUGCUCGCGAAUGCGUUUGCGAGACGCUGGGGCGAUGAUAUUCAGGUCGUCAGUAUGCAUCCGGGGUGGGUGCGGACUAAGAUGGGAGGUAUGAUGGCCCCCGGCGGCUUGGAGAAGCCGACGAAGGCGUUGGCUGCGUGGGCCGCUGGUGAGGGCCCGUUGGCAAAGUUGAAGAGUGGUACCUUCUUCACGCCGAGUGGGCAGGAUACCCCUGAUUCGGCGGCGGCGAAUGUGAAUAAACAGGAGGAAUUGUUGAAGAUCUGUCAGGAGGUGUCGGGGGUGUCAAUUCCG